CAGCUGAAUCUAAUGAAGUGAGACACUGGACCAGUAAGCAGUAGUGGACAUAGACCUCUCAACAUCAUGAAGUAAUCAAGUAAGUAAGUAGGCAAUAAUUUGAACAAGGCCGCGAAAGUUAGACCAAUUUGAGGCCGAGAAAACGCAUGACUGUCGAAUCCACUCGCCUUGUUUUUGUUGUUAGUGUACAUUUUACGGGUGGUAAAACGAACAAAUCAUACUACUUAUAAACCAAAUAAACCUAACUGCCAAUAGACGAGACACACAAGACCACAUAUCCAGCACAAUCUAGUAAUGGAGUUACUCGAUCACCGUGUAUCAGGGGAGUGAGAGGAGGAAGAGGCAGGACGAAGCGUAACCCGGAGGUGAGGAGAGAGAGCGUCCCGUCCCAGCCUGCCUGCUUGUUUACACUCCCCAGCUGAGCCACCCCCUGUCUCACACUCACUCCACCUCACUCACGCUGUCUCUUAUGUAUGUAUCAACUGAACCACGGGUGUAAGUACCAGGCUGAAAAUGGAUUCCGGGAUAGACUCCACCGAGAGCAGUAACGGCAGCGCGGAGGAAGUGGAGGGGGCCAUGGAGGCAGCCCCGCUAGUGGAGCCCCUCAGCCCUCCUCACCACAAGAACGCUGUCGCCUUGUCAUCGUCAUCCUCGUCACUGUCACCCUCCUCUUCCCCGUCAUCCUCGUCUAGCCUGCCCACAGCUCGCCCCAACACCCCCUCCUCCUCCUCUUCCUCCACUACCACCGCUCUCCUGCCCACUGUCUCCGCGCCCUCCUCCCUCAGAGUGCUCGCGGCCUCUACCGUCAACGAAAUACAGACCGAGGUGCUGGAGAAUGGCAAGAAUCAAAGCGAGCCCAUCCAGGGAGGCAGCCAGGUGGUGAUGAAGACCCCGCCAAACACACCUGCACAUACUACAUUUAAGCUGGGCAAUACUGAAAUCAAUGAGAACAGUCACCUGCAGCUGCACUUCCCACUCCCCAGCAGAGGCCCCACUGAAGACAGCAGAGAGAAUACAUUUGACCUGGACCCUCCCCCUGGCCUGACCUUUGCCAAUGUGUCACCAUCCAUGUGUCUCAGCCAUGGAUAUGAAGUGUAUUCUCAAGGCUAUGCAGUGCUUCCCUACGAACACAAUGUACUCAAGAAGAAGCUGAGAACACUGCGGCUGAGGAUGCGGCAGCAUCACUACAAGAUACUGUGUGCCAAAUCAAAACAAAGAAAGCUGAGAAUAGCUGUUGGCCUGAACAAUGUGGCAUCUGUGGAACAGCUCCUGAAGGAAGGCGUUGACCCCAGAGUGACGGACAACAAGGAGAGGUCACCUUUGCAUAUUGCUGCGUCAAAGGGUUAUGCAGAAAUUGCUCGGCUGUUGCUGCAGCAUGGAGCAGACCCCAAUCAGAAGGAUGCCAUUGGGAAUACAGCACUCCACCUGGCAGCCUGCACCUCCAACAUCCCCAUGGUGACUCUGCUGCUCAAGUCAGGCACCAAUGUGAGACAGGCGGACAACCAGGGCUACUCCCCCCUCCACCUGGCUCGCUCCAAACUCAAGCUGCUGCAGCGUGACAACUCCUCCUCCUCCUGUGAGAUCAAGAAGCAGGUCUAUCAGGUGAUUGAAAUGAUGCAGACAUUCCUGGAGUGCUCAGGGAGUUCAGAGGAGGCAGAGCUCCUGAGCUGCUUCACCAACCAGCUCUCCCUCUCAGACACUCGCCAGGAUGUACAGGCGCUCCUCGACUCACUCAACAACCUCAGCCUCACCAGCAACUCAACCACCACCAAUGCUUCCACCACAAACACCAUCACCACUUCCUCUGCUGCCUCCACCACCUCUUAGAUUCUCAUUCUCUUCACAUAGAUGAUCUGGUCUUGGGCGUGUUGCAGACUCAUUAGGUUGUGGAAUGCUGAAAUGGAAGGUAAAGAUGGAAAAACUCCUUACUCAUGUGGCACAGAGUAAGUGAGAGAGAGAGAGAGAGAGAGAGAGAGAGAGAGAAGGCAAACCAAGUGCAUCCUUAUUCUCAAUGUUGUGAGUGGCUUUUUGAUCAUUGCAUGCUUGUUUAGCAGCAAUGCCACCCCAGUAUGUCUUUAUCUUCUCAAUUCAUGGUUCCAUUUUCAUUAUUUAUUUAACUUUUCAAACAGAGCCUUAUAUUUUACCUGGAUGCAGGAUGCAAGUUCUAGUGAGUCUUUCAUUUAUCUACCUAUCAUCAAGUGUAAGUUUAGUUUUCAUUCCUUUGUCUUCAGCAGUUGGCAGAACUUAAUGGAAAUCAGUGUUCUCAAGACUUGCCUAACUAAGCAAUGAAGUAUAUAUUUCAAGUGUAACUUAAAGAAUAGUUAUUAUCAAUUAUUUCAUCCUUCACAAUUUUACCUUGAAAUGUCUGACUCAACUUUCAAAUUAAGAAUUUAGAAAUCACAAACAUCUAUUGAAACAACACACCUUCAUUUUCAAAUAAUUUUUAGCUUUAAUUCAACACAAAUCCUUAUGGCUGUGUAGUUUUACUGGCUUCUAUGCAAAGAUGGGGGCCAGUGCAAGGUUAUGGCCUUGUCUUUUAAUGUAGAGGAUGCAAGAUUUCCAAGCCCAGUCAUGCAGUGCAUAACUUGCAGGGAGAAUCCAGAGUGAGGUGACCAGAUCCCUCCCAUUGCUGUUAUUAUCUGUAGAGACCAUAACUUUAUAUAUUUUAUAUUAAUUCUACUUCCGAGAAUAUAAAUUAAUUCAAAUAAGACUGCAACAGUGUACAGAGGGAGACUUGGGCUGAAAGUCUUGCAUCAUAAAGGUAAAUAUAUACAAGUACAAAAAUUGCUCAUGUCUGAAGAUAAAUAAUUAAUCAAUUGUUAGAGGGAUCGGUGGAAGGCAGGGCAGUGUUGAAGUCUUGCCUAAAAGCUGGAGGACAUACAUAUUCCAGCUACUUGGAAGAUGAUAGCGGUAAAACUGGGAGAUUGUUAGCUACAGAUGUGCUCAUUUUUGCAACAAUUUCCUUCAUUUUGCAAAUAUUAGACUGUAUAUGAUGUAAAGUUGCUGGUUGUGUGCUGCAUAUGUGUGGCUGCUUCUCAUGGGUGAUUUUCUUUUUUUCUUUUUUAUUUCCUCUUAACAUGCAAGUUGUGCACCUCGUCCCUUGAUCCAUGUAAAUAUUUCUGGCAUGUCUCAUUGUCCAACUGGUCUCACAGUAUAGACAUUCUCUCAUGUGCUGGUGUAGACAUCAAUAGCCUCAUAUCUCACAUAUCCAUUUUAAAUACAGUAAUUCUUCAUUAUAAAGAAUGAGAUAUAAUGAACACUGCUUAGAACAGACCAGAUGUAGGAUUCACUAUAGUAUUUACUGCAAUCUAACAAUGAAAUAUCAACUCA